ACAAGACAAUUUUCCAGGAGCGCACCACAUCUUUGCACACACUUUACCGGCCGCGCCGGCCCGCUACGGCUUCGCGAGCACCAGAAUUCAAUCGCGUAUGUUUCAUUCUAUCGGGCGCGUAAUUUUCGUGACACUGCUAACGCGCGCGCAUGAGAAAAUGGCCGAAGUCCCCAGCUUCAGCUCUCCGGAGGGUCACCCUGCGGAUAUGAUUGGCAGGCCCGCGGCCGAAACCCCCGCUAUGGAUGUAAAUACGGGACUGUCGGUAGCCGACGUCUUUAGUAAUAUGGGCGGCCUGAAGCAAUCUGCGGCCAUAAAAAUCAUGCUGGAUGAGCGCCAUGGUCCGUAAAGCCGUGCUCCGGGACGGAAAGGAAAUCGGCUGGGGCCGCGCCACGAACGUUGAGGCCGUUCUGAUCACCAUGACGGGCACGGUCCGCAACCCGCCCUGCCAGUCCUGCUCUGACGGCAGCGGUCCCUUCACUACGUGCGUGAUACACGGCCGUUUCGGGAAGGGUUCCUGCGGCGGCUGUCACUAUAAUUCAGACGGCAGCCGUUGCACGUUCCACGCGAGGCACACCCAGCAGCAGAGCCCGGAAGUUCCCAGCACCCCUCGUGCAAGGCGCGUAGAAGUACAAGCCAACCUUCCGAGCAUCUCGCCGAAUACGCAAAGCGGAUUCCAGGCCGUUCCGGGCCUGACACCUCCCUGGAAACGCCGCAGCACCAGCAAGCGUUUCGGCCGUACGCAGAUGGGCACCCCCAGCCGUAACGAUGCCAUGGAUGGCGUUCUAGAGGAUGAGGGUACGGCCGUAACGAGUCAAACGCACCCGCAAUACCUCGCCGAGAUCAGCCGCAUACAAGGUAUCAUGCCCCAGUCUGCACCUGGAGCCAGCCAGUAUAAGCUUCCGGCUG